AUGGUGCAGCAUAAGAAGAAAAACAAGGUGCAGAUUCCGCAAGGUGUGAAGCCGAAGUCAAAGCGGAAAGGGAAGAAGGCGAAAAAACGACCGGUGCAGCAUGCUGGGAUGUCAACAUCGACAUCAGUUGCUGCUAAAGUGACACGCACAAUCAACAAACGGAAUGAGGAGCUGAUCAGGAGUCGAGCGGCUCAGGAUACAGGAAAGAGUACGGCGACUGAUUGUUCUAAGUGA